AUGCGUGAUAAGAUCUCACCCAUUAAUCUCGACAAACUAGAAACAUCUUCUAGUAGUGAAGCUUCGGAAAAAGUCCGACUCGACACAAUCCUUGAGAAUCUCGGAAGUUUCGGCAGAUUCCAGAAGAUUCAAUUCGUAUUAAUAUGUAUUCCUAUGUUAUUUGUGUCUAUGCACGUGAUGAGCUGGACGUUCGUUGUCAGUUCGGCACGAAAAGCGUGCGACGAGGUCGGAAACGACACUGAAUGUAUCGAAUGGGCAUAUUCGGCUUCGGACAGAUGGGACAUCAGCGGAGAGAAUUCAUGGAUUCGUGCAGUAGUUCAAGCAAUCUACUUCAUUGGCCAAAUGAUUGGCUCAUUCGCUUGCGGAGUAAUGGCUGACAAGAUUGGCCGUAAAAAGGUCCUUUUCCUUUGUUUAGUUAUUCAAGUCACAUCGGCUGUUCUCAUGAUUUUCGCUCCAACAUGGUGGAUUUAUGCAAUCGUGAAAAUCGGCACUGGAUUCACUCAUCCAGGAAUCUUCGGUGUAUCGAUCGUUCUUGGUGUAGAAUUAGUAGGCGCCAAAUGGCGUAGUAUCAUUUCUAUUGUUGCCAACUUCUUCGUAGCUCUUGGUGCUGUCAUUCUUGCGGUUCUAGCCUAUUUCAUAUUGGAUUAUCGUCUGCUUCACACCGCAAUUGCAAUUCCAUCGCUUCUCUUUUUGACCUAUUGGUGGAUCAUUCGUGAAAGCGCACGUUGGCUUUUCUUAAAUGGACGAAUCGAUGAGGCGAACAGUGUGCUUUGCGCAACAGCCAGUGCUAACAAGAAGAUGCUCCCAAAGGAUUGGAUGAAACAAGUCGAUAUUGACACCUCAACAACCACUUCGAGCAGUAGCUUCGGCAUAGUCGAUCUUGUGAGAACUCCACAGAUUCGCAAGCGAACGCUUGCCAAUUUCCUCAUGUGGCCAGUUACGACAAUGGUCUACUAUGGUCUUACAAUGAAAAGUGACGCGAGCGGUGGAAAUGUGUUCUUCACAUUUGCCAUGAUCAAUUUCAUCGAGAUUCCGGCACAAAUCAUCGUUUUUUUGCUCAUCGACCGUGUCGGUCGCAAAAUUCUCUAUUCAUUAUCGAUUUUGGCCGCCGGACUCUUAUUGAUGGCCAAUUGGCUCACAAGUGAUCUCUUGCCAAAGGAAUGUGCAAUCGUAGAGCUUUUCUUGGCAAAAGCUUGCGUUUCGACAGCCUACACAACAAUGUACACAUACACAUCGGAACUGUUCCCUACAGUAAUCCGAAACACCGCAGUUGGAUGCUGCUCGACUGUUGCUCGUUUUGGAGCAAUUUUAGCAUCAUUUAUCGCAUUUUCACUGGUUGAACAAUAUGGUAGAAUUGUGAUGAUUCUUCCGUUUACAAUUCUCACUAUUGCCGCUUCUAUCAUUUCAUUCGUUUGUCUUCCUGAGACAAUGGGAAAACGACUACCCGAUUCCAUUUCGGAAGUUGAAGGAAACGAGAUUUAA